AUGUCGAAACGACCGUCCUCGAUCUUUCGGACGGUUAGUUCCUCGAAUCAAGAUGAACAUCGUGAUGGUGGGUCAUCGGGAAACAAUAACACUGCUACGACCGGAUUGAGAUUGUAUAAACGUACUCUCAAUUUUGCAACGACAAGAAACUCCUCAGGAGAGGAAUCGUCUUCAUCCGAUCCUUCUCACCAAUCUACAAGCAAUGGAAAUGAAACCAACCAUUCCAUGGAUGAGGUUGCCAUUGAUGACGACGAAUUGGACUUGAUUUUAAAAAAACAUGAAGAGGAGAAGAGAAAUAGGCUAAAAUGGUUAAAGUAUAACAAGAGAGAUUAUCCUCAGAUUGACUUGGAAGCAGCAAAGACUUGGAUAUUCCCAACGAAUAUUGCUGAAAGAACGUAUCAAUUCAAGAUUUGUGAAAAGGCAUUAUUUGUUAAUACGCUUGUAUGCUUGCCAACUGGUUUGGGGAAAACCUUAAUUGCUAGUGUCAUUAUGUACAACUUUCAUCGAUGGUUUCCAACUGGAAAAAUCAUAUUUAUUGCGCAUACUGUUUCUCUUGUAGAACAACAAAUUAAUGCAUGUUACAAUAUUAUGGGAAUACCAGAAGAUGAAACUGUCUGUUUGACGGGUAAAAUAGCUCCAAAAGAACGAGCAGAGUUGUGGAAAAGCAAAAGAGUAUUCUUUUCAACACCUGAAUGCGUUCAAAAGGAUUUGGAAAAGAAGAUUUGCCCUGCAAAAAGCAUUGUACUUGUAGUUUUCGAUGAAGCUCACAAAGCAACAGGAAAUCACUCCUAUUGUGUAGUUGCGAAACUCAUUGGAAAAUAUAGUGAUCAUUGGAGAGCGUUAGGACUUAGCGCCACACCUGGAAGAAAUCACGAAGCCAUCCAAAUGGUAAUCACAAAUUUACGAAUUUCACACGUGGAAGUGAGAGAUGAAAAUGAUAAGGAUGUUGCAGAAUAUGUUCACGAAAAGGAAACCAAAAUAAUUAUUUGCAAUCGAGAUAGAGUUUCAGUAAUUAUUGAUACUCUGUUUUACAGACUGGUUACUCCAUUUCUCGAAAAGCUUGUUAAAGUUGGUGCUUUAUAUCAAGCAGAUCCGUCCUCGCUUUCCAAAGGAGCCUUACUCACCUCAAUGAAACGAUUUUAUAUGGUACGAAAGAAAGACAGUUACAAAUAUAUGGGGGAUUUCAAUGUACUGAUAUCACUCUACAAUGCUCUGUAUUAUUUACAUACCCAGGACAUGACUUUGUUUUUGGAUGCGUUGAAUUCAUUGUCGACUGACACAACAGACACAAAAAAGAAAAAUGUUCUUCAAAGUAGAAAUCAAAUCAUCAAACAACCGCUCUUCAAGAACAUGAUACAGACGGCUGAGAAAAUAAUUCAAGAGGGAUAUAUACAUCCCAAGCUAAAGAAAUUAGAGGAAGUAAUUUUAGAACAUUUCACAAAAAAAGACAACACAGUUGCAACACACACCACCAAAGCUGUCGUCUUCUCAGGGUACAGAAAAACAGUAGAUCUUAUUGUGGAUAUAUUGGGUAAACAUGAUGGAAUUCUUAAAGUUUCUCCUUUCAUUGGACAAAGCAAGGGAAAAGGUCAAAAAGGAUUUAAUCAAAAAAAACAAAAAUCAAUUAUCGAGGACUUUAGAAAAGGAGUUUUUAACGUAUUAGUGGCAACACAAAUCGGUGAGGAAGGACUUGAUAUUGGUGAGGUGGAUUUAAUUGUACUAUAUGACACGGUGGGUAGCCCAACACGUUUCAUUCAGAGAGUGGGAAGAACAGGUCGAAGAAGAAAGGGAAACAUUGUUGCAUUGUUGUCAGAAGGAAAAGAACGUUCUGCCUAUGAAGGAGCUAUUCAACAGAAACGAAUAUUAUUUGACGCCAUGAAAGAAAUUUCCUACAGCAAUGAAGUUAAAUUUUUUGAGAACAGUAUGAGAAUGGUACCAGAUGACAUUGUACCAGCAGUUUCAAGGGAAAAUAUUGUUGUGGAACCAUUAAAAGGAACAUUUUCUCCCUCAAAAGGAAAGAAAAGAAAGAGAAAAGCUGUCAUUGUUGACAGUGAGGAUGAAACUGAUGAACUCUUUGACGACGAUGAGAAGGAACGAGAGUUGGAUCAUGAUGAAUCAACUCAAGAACUUCAUGAAGAUCCAACUAUUAUCAAUCCAUUUGAUGAAAAUGAUAUAAAUCGAGGUUUUGGAGGAGAUGAUAUUUAUCAUCUUCUUAACGACAACGUUUACGAAGAUAGUAACAGAAAAAACACUGAGUCUCUUAUGGAGGAUCAAGAUGUAAAACAACAACAGGUUACUCCAAUACUCGAUCAAGAAUUGAUCAAAUAUAGACAAGAAAAAAUUGAGAAAAGUAAGGAGAUUUAUAAAACCAAUGGUCACAUGGACUUGGACAAGAUUCUUGGUACUUCCACGAGUGAAGAGAUUGCAUUGUUAAAUGAUAUGUAUGGAGAAGAUGAAAAACCACUUCCAUUACUCUCAUUUCUCUUUCACCAAUCAUUACACACUCCAAUCAAAACUAGUACUGCGGGUAGUUCAAAAGACUCACAAGCAAGCAAUUCAGAAAUGGAAUCAAUACAGCAAUAUAUUCCAGAACAAGGUUUGCAAAUUGGAAACAAAAUUUCUCAACUGCCUAAUAAUGUCACAUUUAAUACGAAACCUCAACACACGUCUUUAUUGCCUACCACAAAGAAAAUCAAGCCCAACUUUAGCAAUGAUUUUUACAAUGAUUAA